UUUUAGAAAUUUAUGAAACUGCCCAUUUUGCCAAAUAUACUUUUAAAUAGAAUCAUAUUUUAUUUUUUGAUUAGUAUGCCCACUAUGUAGCAGCAAUUGUGUUAAGUAUUGAGGGUACAGAUGAGAAUAAAACAUAAUUUCAUGUGAGUAUGAAGACAUGAGGAAAUUAACAAAGUAUUGAGAACUAUAUUUCAGGUGUUCACAAGGUGUUAGAAAAGUACAGAAAAUAAAACAUAACAGUCCUGUGAGGAGUGGCUACAGAGGGCAAGUGGUGCUGAAAAGUAAUUUUGAGAUAAAGUGAUGCUUGAGCUGAGAGUUUAAAAAUGAUUUAGAUAAAGGAAGAAAGUUGAAAAAAAUAUAAAGGGCUUCCAGACAGAGGGAGCUAUAUUCAAUAUAAUGGGGAAGGGGGAGUGAUCAAAAGAUAACGGCACUUUUGUGAGUGAGAUCAGUGUGUUGUGAGUGAAUAAAGCAUUUGAGGACAUGGCUGGUACCAAGUCCAGAGAUCAUGCAGGCAUUGGCCCUCAUGGUUCUUAUAAGGCAGGUCAAGGGUUGUGAAUUUCUUUGGAAGGCAAGAGAGAACCAUGGAAAGGUUCUUAAGUAAAAUUUUAUUUUCAUAUUUGGCAUUUUAGAAAAAUUCCCCUGGCAGCAAAGUUGAAGAUAGAUUGGAAGAGAGCCUGAAUGAGGAAGAAAAACUAAUUAGAAGGCAGUUAUAAUGGAGAACAUUAUGAGUUAAGGCAGUGAGUGUGAGAAUGGAAUGGAGAAUUGGAGAAUUACUUAAAAGGUAAAAUUAGUAGGACUCGGUGACUGAUGUCUCUGAACAAGGGAAGAGUUAGCAGUAAUUUCCAAACUGAGGGAUGUGGUGCUGCCCUCUGCUGAGAGGGCCAUAUAAGCAAAAGAGCAAGACAGAUAAAGAAUUCCUUUUUAGUCAUAGGUUAAAUUUUACAUCCAAGACUUCCUGUAAAUCAUGGGGUUCCCUAGCAGAGAUAACUAGAUGGCUGUUAGAAAUCUAGAUUUAAAAUUCUUAAAAUAUAAGUAGAAAGUAAAGAGAAUGGAUAUGUAUCAAAGUAUGUAAGGUUGUGUACUAUGAGUAUGUACAUGGUCAUGUAUUAUAUGAUAAAGUUAUAUGGUUUGAAUAAAAGUGAGAAAAGAGAAGGUCUAAAAAUGGAGACUUUAUAAAUGACCAGUAUUUAAAGUGCCAGGAAAAGGAAGCCUUCAAAAGGUUCUUGAAAUGCAGUGGUAAAAAAAGGUAAGAAGUGGAAAUAAUAAAUGCCAUAGAAACUAAUGAACAAGAGAGGUCAAAGCAGAAAGUCCUUGCAUAUACAUAGAAAAUGUCUGAAAACAUCCACCCCAGUUGUCAGUACUGGCUAGCUCUGGGAUGUGGUGUUGAAGAGAAUGACAGUAGAACUGGGAAUUAUAAUUUGAUAUUUGAAUUUUUUAAAUGAAAGUAUAUUAUACCUCUCUUCUAUUUAUUCAACUUCUCAUGAGCUUAAAAUUUCAAAAUAAAAAGUCAAAACAAAAGUCGUGUUAAAAUGAAGUUACAGACAAUUGAAAAUUAUAAGUCAAUCAGUCAAACAAGCUGCUUAAUCAGAACAGAAUGAGGAGGGAAAGGGCAGCAUGGCAUGGUCAACAAUGUUAUAUGCAGAUAGGUCAAGAAAGAUGGGGACUGACAGCAGCCUUUUCGCUUGGUAUUUAGAUGUGGUCACAAAUGACCUUAUUAAAAGUACUUUCAAGGAAAGGCUAAGGGCAGAAGCUUGACUGCAUUUGCUGGGAAACAGAAAGUGAGGACAUGAAGAGGUGGCAUAGUCAUCUCAUCAAGGAGAAGCUUGAGUGUAAAGAAAAAGAGAGAGAUAGGAAUUUACAGUCCAAGCCGAACAACAACUUACCCUUACACAGAAACACAGAUGUACAGCCAAAACACUGGAGGGAAUUACUUUGAUACUCAAGGGAGUUCUGCACAGGUGACUACGGUGGUCUCGUCCCACAGUAUGGUGGGCACUGGUGGGAUUCAGAUGGGCGUCACAGGAGGACAACUCAUCAGCAGCUCUGGAGGAACCUAUCUCAUCGGCAAUUCAAUGGAGAAUUCCGGUCACUCAGUGACACAUACCACUCGGGCUUCCCCCGCGACAAUUGAAAUGGCGAUUGAGACGCUGCAAAAGUCUGACGGUCUGUCCACUCACAGAAGCUCUCUUCUCAACAGCCAUCUCCAGUGGCUGUUGGACAAUUACGAGACAGCAGAAGGAGUGAGCCUUCCCAGAAGCACUCUAUACAACCACUACCUACGACACUGUCAGGAACACAAACUGGACCCAGUCAAUGCUGCUUCUUUUGGAAAACUAAUAAGGUCAAUUUUUAUGGGGCUACGAACCAGGAGAUUGGGAACUAGAGGAAACUCCAAGUACCAUUACUAUGGGAUUCGUGUCAAGCCAGAUUCCCCUCUUAAUCGUCUGCAAGAAGACAUGCAGUAUAUGGCUAUGAGACAACAACCCAUGCAACAGAAACAAAGGUACAAGCCUAUGCAGAAAGUGGAUGGGGUUGCAGAUGGUUUCACAGGAAGUGGUCAACAGACAGGCACAUCUGUUGAGCAAACUGUAAUUGCCCAAAGUCAACAUCAUCAACAGUUUUUAGAUGCAUCUCGAGCACUUCCAGAGUUUGGAGAAGUUGAAAUCUCUUCUCUGCCAGAUGGUACUACCUUUGAGGAUAUCAAGUCACUGCAGAGUCUUUAUCGAGAGCACUGUGAGGCAAUAUUGGACGUUGUUGUGAAUCUUCAGUUUAGCCUGAUAGAAAAAUUGUGGCAAACAUUCUGGCGCUAUUCUCCCUCUACUCCAACUGAUGGCACUACCAUUACUGAAUCAAGCAAUCUGAGUGAAAUAGAAAGUCGACUUCCGAAAGCAAAGCUGAUAACUCUGUGCAAACAUGAGUCUAUCCUGAAAUGGAUGUGUAACUGUGACCAUGGGAUGUACCAGGCUUUGGUGGAGAUUCUCAUCCCCGACGUCCUUAGACCUAUUCCUAGUGCCUUGACCCAAGCCAUUCGAAAUUUUGCAAAAAGCCUUGAAGGUUGGCUUUCCAAUGCCAUGAACAAUAUUCCACAGAGAAUGAUACAAACCAAGGUUGCAGCUGUAAGUGCCUUUGCCCAGACUCUGCGAAGAUACACGUCGCUCAAUCACCUGGCCCAGGCAGCUCGUGCAGUGCUUCAGAACACUUCUCAGAUUAACCAGAUGCUCAAUGACCUCAAUCGUGUCGACUUUGCCAAUGUCCAGGAGCAGGCUUCCUGGGUGUGCCAGUGUGAUGACAACAUGGUUCAGAGACUAGAAACCGACUUCAAGAUGACUCUUCAGCAGCAGAGCACCCUGGAGCAGUGGGCUGCGUGGCUUGACAAUGUGAUGAUGCAAGCACUGAAACCCUAUGAAGGAAGACCCAGUUUUCCUAAAGCGGCCAGGCAAUUUCUGCUAAAAUGGUCUUUCUACAGCUCAAUGGUUAUUCGGGACUUAACCUUACGCAGUGCUGCUAGCUUUGGCUCCUUCCACCUGAUCCGUCUACUCUACGACGAGUAUAUGUUCUACUUAGUAGAACAUCGUGUUGCUCAGGCAACAGGAGAGACACCCAUAGCGGUCAUGGGUGAGUUUGGUGAUUUAAAUGCUGUGUCUCCUGGAAAUCUGGAUAAAGAUGAAGGCAGUGAAGUGGAAAGUGAAAUGGAUGAGGAAUUAGAUGACUCUUCAGAACCUCAAGCCAAAAGAGAGAAAACUGAGCUGAACCAGGCAUUUCCGGUGGGCUGUAUGCAGCCUGUUCUGGAGAGCAGCGUGCAGCCAAGCCUGCUGAAUCCAAUUCACAGCGAGCACAUCGUCACCAGUACUCAGACUAUCAGACAGUGCAGCGCUACAGGAAACACCUACACUGCAGUCUAAAGAAUAUUAAAGCAUAUUUUUCCAGCUAACAUUAACCCUGUUGAUAUUGGGCUUAAGUUGAAAUUUUAAUAAGCCUGAAGGUCGACUGUUGUCAAAUUCUAUCUAUGCUGAACAUUACCUUUUUGGAGUUGUGAAAUGGAAUGGGUGUAUGUAUUUUGCCAGGUCUCUCUCUUUUUUUUAAUGUAAACAAAUUAUUUGCCUCUUAAUAAUGAGUUUUUUUUUCCCUUAGUUUCGGGUGUCAAGAAGGAUUUUUACAACACUUAAUGUCAAUGUUUUUGUUUUCUUAUAAUUAAAAAGUAAUUUACAUUUUUUGUAGCUUAAAAUAUUUUAUUGUUGAUUGUUAGUCUUGUGUAAGUUUUUAAUUAGAUGCACUUCUGUGAAAUAUCAAAA